UUUUUUUUUUUUUUACAUAAUAUUGGGUCUAGAAAUGUAUACUGAACAGCAUGGCAGUGUUCAUAAACUGCAUACAAAAUAUAUAUUUUAAUGCAUAUAUGUAACUAGUUAUGGUCCUGAAAUGAAAAAUGUAGGCUCGCAACAAGGACUUUUAUUAUGAAAACUACUGGCGCAACAAAACCGGAAGCGUUCGCGGUCUGUACUCUCAUAUCCAGAAUAAUAGUCGGAGAAUCGAACCUUUUUACAGUUUGGAUUGAAUAGAAAUAUUAACUCCUUAUUUACCGGUACUGACCUGAAUAUCGCUUCGUUUAGAAAUCGUCUAACGUUUCAAUGAAACCGCACAUCUAUGAGCAGGAGGUGAGCGAACAGUCGCUAAGUAACGUUAUGUAAGUUAACUCAAGACAUAAACUUGAGCUCGGGCUGUAGUUUAGAGAUGCUGACAUCAUUGCACCUACAGGGGGUUCCGUAGCGUCAAUCUGUAGAUGUUGACACAUCUGGAGCUGUAAUUAGAUGAGGGAAGAUGCAACAGGUGCCGUACGGAUCUGUGGCUCGAGACAAGGCUCUGAUCCGUGUGCCGUUCAGGCGGUUAGCGGUGAUCACCGUGUGUUUGCCUCUGCUCGGCCUCGUCGCCUGUAUCGUGCUGGCUAUGCUCUACCACUACAUUGAGGCGACCGAGACACACUGCAAGGUUCCUAACUACCUCCCGUCCAUCAGCGCAGCCAUCAGUCUGACACCGGAGCGCUACAUCUGGAGGUUCAGCAUCGGCCUGCAUUCUGCUCCACGCUUCCUGGUAGCAGCAGCAUAUCUGAGCUUUUACCGCAGACGCUUUUCCAGGAGGCUGAAGGAGCAGCUUUUGAGUGUUCUCACAUUCCUCUUCGCUUUAAGUGAAAAUGUAGGGCUGCUUCUGCUCACCUACGUCUCCUCCGAUGAGACCUACAGUGUCCAUAAGAGCGGCUUCAUCUUGUUUAUUGGCAGCUCCCUGUUCCACAUGAUGUGCACCUGCAAGCUGUGGUCCUUGAUUGCAAAGUAUUCCCUGAGUGCAGAGGAGAUGAUGUCAUACCGCCAGAAGCUCCGCCUCUUCCUCUUCAACGGUUGCUUCUGUCUGUUGGCUGCUUACUUCUACAAGCGGCACAACACUGACUGUGAAGCAGGAAUUUACACAUCAUUUGCUGUGUGUGAGUAUCUGGUGGUGCUGUCCAACAUGGCCUUCCACAUGACGGCCUACUGGGACUUUGGAGGUAAGGAGGUGAUGGUUGCAACACCUCCAGAUGGAAAGCUCUUUUGACACAGGAAGUGAAUGCUUGCAUCAUCUCCUUGAAACUUGAGACACAAGGGCUCUGAGGGCGGCACUCGUGCUGAUUCAGGGUCGACACUGAUGGAGCAAUGACUGUUCACAAAUUUUGUUUUUAACUCAAACUGUUUAAAAGAUCAUUAGAAGAUGACAUUGUUUAUUCAGGUGUAAUUGGAACAGCUGAUUCAUUACUUCAAAUGCAUUUAUUUUAGUUGGUUAAUGUGCCCCUAUUAUGGGUUAUGAAAGGUUCAUAUUUUGGUUUUGGGAGUCCCCAACAACAGGCACAUUUCAUUGUCUUAUAUAAAUUUUAAUAAAUAUUUUGACCUUACUUGCUUAAGGACUCCCAAGUGAUUCGCUCAACAAUUCAUAUUCCAAACCCCUCCUUUGCAUGACGCUAGUCAGCGGUGAUUGGUCCGAUUGGUCUAAUUUUACCAUUUCUGUAUGUCUGAUAAAGCAGUGUUUGUUUGCAGCGCUGCUUUGUUUACAGCGUUACCUGGGAAACUGCUAUUUUUACCGCUCCAAAAGUGGCAUCUAGUUGCAAAAAAAUGAAUUUGCAUUUUCAUUCAGACUGAUAAACUGAAAAGUCGAGAAGUGGGCGGGCAGUAUCCCUAUGUUUCAUGUUGACAUCAACAUGAAACAGCUGGGGAUUCUUUCAGUGAUACAAAGUCGACUCUUUCUUUUGAGAGACAAUCACUUUAUGCACAGUGCACUUUCAGAUGUAAAACUGCGGGAUGUCUUCAUUCACUUAGAGCUGUGUUACACACUGCAUAAAAGGUCAUUUUCAAAAAUCCAUAUUAGGGGCACAUUAAAUCAAAAUGUGAAGUGCCAUGUCUGUCUCUUUCUAAUUGGUUUGUCAGGGUCAUGCUUUAGGUUUACACGAAGUGACGUGAAGUUUAAAAUAUUUGCGUAUUAGUUGUUACAUAUUUGCAAGUGUAAAAGUAAUUGAACUCUAGUGCUGAUGGACUUUGAUGUUGUGCGAGUUGGUUUGCAGCUGCUGUUUCAUACACACUGACUGCUCACGCUACUGAAAGACAUUUGGUUCAGUCACACCAGACAUUUCUCUCUUCCUUUCUAAACGCUACAAUGUAAAUCAUGUGAAAAGUCAUUUAAACGACCUUUUGCACAGCGUUGCUUGUGUACCUUUAGUGGCUAGAGCAUUAGUUCGUACAUAUUUCUGUGGUCUAAUGUCGAGCGGUUAUUGAUCGUGGACAACACGGGCCCUUAGGAUGCAUUUUAAAAUAUGAUGUUGCCAUUGGUUGAAUGAGAAAACUGGUACAGUGCAAUAUGAUGUUGUGAACAUGAUUUAUUAUAAUAAUGCUUUUUAUGAUGUACCAAAAUACUGUUUUUAAAUUGGUGUCAAAUAAAUAUUUGGAUAAAAAGUAAGUGAAUCAUUUCUGAAAUUAGCACAUGUAUAUUUACUGGAUAUAUCGGUAUCCCAUAUAUUAAUGGCUGAUGUUAAUGAUUUUGUACUGAUAGGUAUUGGAAUAAUUAUUUAUUUUAAGGUGUCCUUGUAUACGUGUAAUAGCCUAAUACAGUUAAGUAUUACUAUAGGGAUAGGGUUUGAUUUGGGUAAGUUGUUUAACUAUGUAUAAUUUACUGUUAAUACUAAAGUAAGUUAAUGUAACAUAUAACAAGUACACUGCAAAUUAAAGUGUUGCCUUAGUAUGUUAUUCUAUACUUGAAGUUUGUUAUGCUUAAAUUCAGUUGUAGCAUUUCAGAUGAUUUAGACAAAUAAAAAUAAUUCAAUUCAUUUUGA